AACCGGUGCCAGGGGCCAGUCAAAUAUGCGACACCAAGGAGUGUAAUCUUACAGCUGCCCACCUAAUUAAAAACAUGAACACGUCGGCUGAUCCCUGCGAAGACUUCAACGAAUUCGCCUGUGGUCGCUUCAUUAAAGAAUCCAAAUUCCCACCCGGAAGACCA